AUGGAAUCGAUUCGCAGACGCUGCGAUGUGCUUUUCGUGCGCAUGAAGUGGGAGCUGAAAAACGCGAGUGUGGUGGAAAAAAGGCAGCCUCCUGCUGGUGAAAUUCAGGAGCGCCUGCACAAACUUUCGGACCUUUGUGAACAAUUUGAUAAAGCGCAAAGUGAAAUCGAGGAACAAGUUGAUGCGCUCGUGGAAAUUAACUCGAUUUUCAACCAUCGGUUGGAAUUCGAGGAAAUGUACUAUGAAGUGAAAGGACGCUACAUCAUGCUCCUCGGUGAACAUAACCCCCACGGAAGCAGUGAAGGAACUAUCGUCGAACCAGCGGAUGAUCUGAAGGAGGCAAUCAGGUUGCUUCUGGAUUCGCAGCGAAUCCUGAUGACGUCCCAGGCUGCAGCUUCGAACAUGGUGUCGCAGUUGGCUGGCCAAGUCGGUUCCGUUAGCCUUUCCCGUCCGGUUGCUGACGCUCAGGCGUCCGGGGGCCAAGUUCCGCUGGAGGUACGGUUACCAACGAUUGUCCUGCCAGUCUUCAAAGGCGACCGGAAACAGUGGCCAUCCUUCAAGGACCUCUUCGAAAGCUGCAUCCAUUCGAAGAAUCUGAAAAACUCCGUGAAGCUCCAGUACCUGCUUUCCCACCUGGAUGGGGAGGCGAAAAAGAUGGUUAGCUCUUACGCUAUCACCGACGCCAACUACGUGGAGCUCCCCGCGUACAUUUUGGACCUUCGUCGCCGGAUAUUUCGCGAAACCGCUAUGGAAUCGAUUCGCAGACGCUGCGAUGUGCUUUUCGUGCGCAUGAAGUGGGAGCUGAAAAACGCGAGUGUGGUGGAAAAAAGGCAGCCUCCUGCUGGUGAAAUUCAGGAGCGCCUGCACAAACUUUCGGACCUUUGUGAACAAUUUGAUAAAGCGCAAAGUGAAAUCGAGGAACAAGUUGAUGCGCUCGUGGAAAUUAACUCGAUUUUCAACCAUCGGUUGGAAUUCGAGGAAAUGUACUAUGAAGUGAAAGGACGCUACAUCAUGCUCCUCGGUGAACAUAACCCCCACGGAAGCAGUGAAGGAACUAUCGUCGAACCAGCGGAUGAUCUGAAGGAGGCAAUCAGGUUGCUUCUGGAUUCGCAGCGAAUCCUGAUGACGUCCCAGGCUGCAGCUUCGAACAUGGUGUCGCAGUUGGCUGGCCAAGUCGGUUCCGUUAGCCUUUCCCGUCCGGUUGCUGACGCUCAGGCGUCCGGGGGCCAAGUUCCGCUGGAGGUACGGUUGCCAACGAUUGUCCUGCCAGUCUUCAAAGGCGACCGGAAACAGUGGCCAUCCUUCAAGGACCUCUUCGAAAGCUGCAUCCAUUCGAAGAAUCUGAAAAACUCCGUGAAGCUCCAGUACCUGCUUUCCCACCUGGAUGGGGAGGCGAAAAAGAUGGUUAGCUCUUACGCUAUCACCGACGCCAACUACGUGGAGGUAUGGGACCGGCUCAACGAGUUUUACGGGAAGAAGAAGUACACUGUCGCGGCACUCGUCAAGGAGUUUGUGGACCAGCCGCCAGUUACUGCGCCAACCCUGGUCGGACUCCGCAAGCUUACCUCAACCUCGGACGAUGUAGUGCGGCAGCUCAAGGCCCUAGGAGAGGAAUACGAAUCUCGUGACCCGUGGCUGAUCCAUUUGCUCCUCGAGAAACUCGACCGAGAAACCCGAUCGCUGUGGGCCCAAAUGCUGGUCGAUGAGGACAAUCCCAGCUUCCAAGAUUUCAUCACGUUCCUUGAGCGGCGAUGCGAUGCCUUGGAAACCUGCGCGUCCUUUUCCAAGAAGGGGACCGAUGCCACAACGAAGAAGGAGCAGGAGCGGAAAGUGGAUCCGAACACGAAGGUGGGUAAACAAAUCCAAAGCUUCCAUGCAAACACCCAGCAAGCUUGCCCGCAGUGCACAGAGGCUCACACGAUAUACCAGUGUGCCAGCUUCAAGAGGAUACCGGUAGUUAAUCGACGGGAACUCGUUCAGCGAGCCAAGCUCUGCUUCAAUUGCUUGAAAGCGACCCACGGCCAGCCCCGGGAAGAAGCAGCUGCGAAGAAGCAAGAAGCAGGAGAACCGAAACAAGCGGAUUCGGUGGCAUCGUAUGUCGCGGGUCUCAAAACCAGCUGUUCAGUGAACUUCCUAAGUUUGCUGCCUACGGCUGUCGUCAAGGUGUUGGGGAAGAACAACGUCUUCCACGAAGUACGGACAAUGGUCGAUUCCGCCUGUAUGAACUCGCUCAUCAGCAAGCAAGCCUUCGAACGUCUUGGCCUGGAAAGGCGCAACGCCAACAUUCUCGUGAGCGGUAUCACCGACGGGAAACCCAGCAAGACAACAGGAGCGGUCACACUGCAAAUCUCAUCGCGAUUCGACGAUCGUAUCGUCAUCGUGGUGGAUGCGCUAAUCCUGAAUCACCUGGUUCCGGACCAACCGAGUCACCAGUUUGACGUCGACGUUGGUGCCCUGGCCGAGGCGCCUCUCGCAGAUCCAACCUACAACGAAUGUGGUAAGAUCGACCUUUUGUUGGGAAUAGAAGCUUUCUUUUCCAUUCUAGAACCGGGCAAGCUCUACGACGGUCGAGGCGUACCAGUUGCGCAGAAUUCCGUCUUCGGCUACCUGGUUGGUGGCCACUUCAACACAGCACGUGCCACCGAUAGUCGUCCGAUACUGGGACUCGCGACGACGACGACGAAUCUGGAUCAAACGCUCCGGAAAUUCUGGGAAGUGGAGGAGGUGCCUAAAUCCAAGCAGCUUACCCCGGACGAGCUGCGCGCUGUCGAGCACUUCCACUCCACCCUUUCUCGGACUGAAACAGGGCGAUACGUGGUUCGCCUACCCUUCGACCGUAACAAGCCAGAACUGGGCGAAUCGGCUACCGCUGCCAUCCGGCGGUUCAAGACAACGGAAAGAAAAUUCAGCAUCGAUCCAGAACUACAACAGCACUACCGACAGUUCAUGACUGAGUAUGAGGCUCUCGGUCACAUGGAGAAAAUUCCGCCAAGCGAGGUGGAAGUCACACCGGAGAAGUCGUUCUAUCUUCCGCAUCACGGCGUGUGGAAGGUGGACAGCGCAACGACGAAGCUUCGCGUCGUUUUCGACGCCUCGAGCAAGAGUGCUUCCGGGGUGUCGUUGAAUGAUCGCCUGCUAGUGGGACUGAACGUGAACGAAUCUCUCUUCAACGUGUUCACCCGCUGGCGCACCUACAGGAUUGCUUUCUGCGCCGACGUCGAAAAGAUGUAUCGGCAAGUUCUUGUCGCCAAAGAAGAUGCCGAUUUCCAGCGAGUAGUGUGGCGCAAUUCUCCCGACCAACCUUUGGACCAUUACCGCUUGCUGACCGUUACCUACGGUACCGCGAGCGCGGCGUAUCAAGCUGUGGCAGCCUUGCAACAGGCUGCUGAAAACAACAAAGAGGCACAUCCGCUGGCAUCCAAGCGGAUUCCGAAGAAUUUCUACGUGGACGAUCUGCUCUCGGGGGCGGAUACCAUCGAAGAAGCUAAAUCCCUACGCAACGACAUCGUUCAAGUUCUGGAUAGCGGUGGCUUUGCUCUUCGCAAGUGGAGCUGCAACGAACCGCAACUAUUGGAAAGCGAUGCGGUACAAGAUGAACCGGUCCAGAUGAAGCUGCCACAGGAAGAUGAUUCCGUCAAGGCGUUGGGGAUCAGAUGGUCACCUCAAGAUGACACGUUCAGCUUCAAACUCACGUUCGACAUCGACAGCACAAACACCAAACGUCAGCUGCUGUCCGAUUCUUCAAAGUUCUUCGAUCCAUUCGGCUGGAUCGCGCCGGUGAUCAUCCGAAUAAAAAUACUGUUCCAACACCUGUGGCUCUACGACCUGGGCUGGGACGAUCCACUUCCAGCAUUCAUCCUGGAGGAGUGGAUUACCUUGAAGGAAACCCUGCACCACAUCGAAAGAAUUCGCAUCAGAAGAUGGAUUCCGCACGCUGGAGGGAAGCUCCAACUACAUGGUUUUGCCGACGCUUCUGAAGCCGCGUACGCAGCCGUCGUGUACGCACGCAUCGUUAACCAGGAUGGAAGGGUUGAAACGAAUCUGGUGGUGGCCAAAACCAGGGUGGCUCCCAUUCUGCAGGUUUCGCUGCCUCGUCUGGAACUCAUGGCGGCGGAGCUACUCGUCGAUCUGAUGGUCAAGGUACAGGAGUCGUUCUCGCAUCUGGAGGUCGAACUAUUUGCGUGGAGCGAUUCUGAAAUUGUUCUUCACUGGCUCACCUCGCUACCAAGAAAGUGGAAAACUUUUGUGGCCAACCGCACCUCCAAGAUUUUGCAGCAUCUUCCCAGGAACCAUUGGCGUCACGUGUCAUCAAAGGACAAUCCGGCCGACUGCGCCUCGCGCGGUGUCACGCCCUUGGAACUACUGAUACAUCCGCUGUGGUGGAGGGGCCCCGGUUGGCUCGCACAACCAGAAGACGAAUGGCCUACUCAAUCGAUUCGUUCAGUCGUUGAUGACGAUCUUCUUGAACAGCGAACGUCGGUGACCUGCUUGCACGCUAGUGCUACGGCGUGUCCCAGCGGUGGCCACGAAACACUGACGUACCUCCUCAACAGAUAUUCAAAUCUGUCCCAUAUUCGGCGCGUUUUGUGCUGGAUUAAUCGCCUACGACACAAUGCUUUGGCCCGUAAACGUGGUGUGGCCCGACUUGAAGGACCGCUCACACCGAAGGAAAUCGACAACUCCUGUUUGCAGCUGGCACGAGCAGCGCAGGGCGACUGCUUCCAAAGGGAAAUCGAUUGCCUGGUCAAGACCGCCCCUCUUCCAGGUAACAGCAAACUGAAGAAUCUCUUUCCUUUCGUCGACGCUGAUGGCACUCUACGGGUUGGUGGUCGCCUCCAGAACUCAAGCCAACCAUACGACGUUCGCCAUCCAAUCAUCAUACCGAAGGAUCACCAAUACACCAAGUUGCAGAAGUACAUCUUCGUAACCUACAUGCAGGGCCAACUCUGA